UCUUACAAGUUUUGACGGAGCGUGGUAGUGUGCCGAAGUGUAUGUGCAAAAAGUGACGGAACGCGUUUUAAACAGUCACAUGUACCAUAAAUACGAAGAUGCUAAAAUUUGGAAGCAAAAGUGACAUUAAUGUUAGUUAUAAAUGUACAGUGCGCUUACUGGAGGACACCGAGAUCGUGGAAUGCGAAUUUCAGGAGACAUAGGUGAGGCGCAGCAGCUCUGGGGCCUCAGUCUUGUUCAGUCAAUUAGCAGCAUCAGAAGAAGAAGAAGAAAAACAAUGAGGCAUCAACAGCAGUCGCACCACAGCACAGUCAUGCAGAACAGGAUUAAAUGGAAAGGGUCGAGGGCCAACAUGCCAAGCUCUGUGGCCACAUCCAGGCCUGUAGCCACCUCGGCUGCCAUCUCAUCGAGACCUGCAGCAACAGCCUCGAGUGUGUCUGAACCAGUAGGGGCCACGUGGGAUCCGGUAGCGCACGUGGCACACUUGAUGGAGCAGGACAAGGAGUUCCUGUUGUCCAUCCCAGUCAUUGAUUUGUGUGAUAAGGACAACUGAUCUGCACCCGACACAUCGAAUGCUGUCGCUGGUAGUGUUAAACAACAAGAUGGAGGUCAGUACUGGUCACCAACAUAUGGCCCAUCCUGGCAGAACGUUUCUGUGAUAGUGCAACCACGGAGUGCAGAUACUGUGGAUAAGAAGGCGUCGAGUUCACCUACACUUUUGACCUCCACAUGCAAUUUAACUCCCAGUGGGUCAAAACGUGUGAACGUUGCUAUAGAAGAGCGUCAUGUCUGGGGGUUGCAUGUGAGAAUGGAGAUUGAAAAUGUAUCCAAAUGUGUUAAAGUGCCAGUUUCUGAGUUCGACUGGGAUGAAAUAUUUCGUGCAUAGAGCUACAUCAAUCAGCAGAUGACUACAGAGUAUUAUCCAACUCGUUCUCCCCAGACAUUUGCCUUACUGGUGUGACACUUUCUAUUACAACAGUGUAUGAUGACUGUGCAUUAUGUGUGAAAUUGGGUAGCAACUGUGUUUAUCUAAGACUGUGUUUAUCUAAGACAUGCCUCAGUAAAUAAAUGUCGUGUGACUAGGGCCUCUUGUCGGGUAGACCGUUCGCCGGGUGCAAGUCUCUCGAUUUGACGCCACUUUGAAGGCUUGUGUGUCGAUGGGGAUGAAAUGAUGAUUAGGACGACACAACACCCAAUCCCUGAGUGAAGAAAAUCUCCGACCCAGCCAGGAAUCGAACCUCAGCCCUUAGGAUUGACAUUCUGUCGCACUGACCUCUCAGGUACCGGGUGGCACACAUGCUUCAGAUAUGAAGUUAUACAAUCUGGACACUGCCAUUCGUCUUGCACAGGACAGACUGAACCAUUGGCUGCCAGCAUAGACUCUGCAUGCAGUGAUGUUGUAAACUCCCUACAUAUGCGUAGUAUACAUGUUGACAAUCUUAAACAACACCUUUGUUCGCAAAUGCAUGCUAAACCUAAAGAGAAUCAGAUUAAAUUGUGUGUGUGUGUGUGUGUGUGUGUGUGUGUGUGUGUGUGUGUGUGUGAAAAACCUGAGUAACCUGAGUAUUGUGAGUCAUCGGGAUAACGGAAGCGUUCGAUUCCACCCGUCUGCUUUGACCAGUGACGUUACCAAUAUGGCGGAAAUGACCAUUCACAACAACUCCCAUACUGCUCCUAUGAUGUCAUCACAUAAACAUAACAAACACGAAAAUAGAUCGAAAAACCACCAAACAGACAUUCCUCCAAAAAUAUAAUGAAACAAAUGGGAUAAGUGGGGGAAAUUGGAGGUUUUUGGGUGUGGACAAACUAAAUAUAAACACACACCACAACACCAAACGACAAAAAACACUAAAAUAACAAGACCCCACAACCUUCCCAAAUUCCACUACACACAAAAAUCACCCGGAAUCGAUCACUUCCCUUGACCUAUAUAGGUCAACAGUAACAUCCAAGCUGCUCGGGAUUAGCCGAGCGCUCUAAGGCGCUCCAGUCAUGGACUGUGCGGCUGGUCCUGGCAGAGGUUCGAGUCCUCCCUCGGGCAUGGGUGUGUGUGUUCGUCCUUAGGAUAAUUAAGGUUAAGUUGUAUGUAAGCUUAGGGUCUGAUGAUCUUAGCAGUUAAGUCCCAUAAGAUUUCACACACAUUUGAACAGUAACAACCGAUAUCACACCAUAAAUCUCAAAACUUUCACCACCACCACACUUAAUCCUACCACAAAAAAAGCACCUAGAAAAUCAAAAUUGGAAUUGACACUUUCCUUGACCUGUUACCCUUACGACAUCUCCACAUAUAGCUGUCCCUGGUCCAAGACGCCGUAACUUCAGUAAGCCUCAUUUCUGAACAACACACUGAACACUUCAUGACUUCAGCCAACAGGCAGAAUAGCUGAAGAAAUUUUAUUAGAGACAACACACUGUCCCCCAUCACCACUGACAACCGAAAACUGUUGAUCUUGUCAGUCAUAUCCAUACCUACCAAAGACAUAAACAAGUAAUUUACCAAAAUUCACACACGACGAACAGAAAACAACUACACUAAUGUCGACAUAGCAAAACCAAAAUCAUUAUCUCUCUGAAAAAUAUAC